ACUGGGGUGUUUGCCUCAGCUGUUCUCAGUUGCACUGGGUGCCUUGUGGUGUUGUGACAGAGCUGUGCUGCAUUGAGUGAGACUAAACUAUCUCAAAGGAGCGCUAAGUAGAGUGAGAGACAAAAAAGAAGCCAAACCAUUGAGGACUCACCAGGCAGAUGGGAUGAACAGCUGAAACAAUUUGGACCAAUUUUACUUCUUGUGGUUAAAGGUGCGGCCAAGUAACAUCAUGGAUAGGUUAUACACCUAAAUUCUGCUUAGAAUGUGAAAGGUAGUUAAAGCAUAAUUAGAUUCUCUUAGUGCUCAAUGUGUGACUAGCUCUAAUUUAUUCUCCUUUUCUGAGACAUUACAGUUUGUUCUGUUAAGUUUGCAGCAAGGAGUCAAGAAAUCACAGUUCCAGAGGCAGCAGUCCAUAAACUUAACCCCCCUGUGCUGGAUUCUAUUCUUCUUUAGUUGGACUCUAAUUUUGGCUUUGACCUGUGGAACAGGAAAAGUUUUUUUUUUUUUUUGCUCUGGCAGGACUUGUUAUGAGGCAACCUGGACUGACUCACCAGCAUUUCAUUGUACUUACUGGACAACAGGACUGUUUCUUGCACUGCCACUGUUUCCUGCCAAACCCGGUCUGAGAUUGCCUGGCCAGGGGUUGUUUAUUUAAAGGACUUAUCUGGAGUUUUUUGCCUCAGGACCAUGGGGAUUCUCUGGGGUGCCAUAACACUUCUGUGUGGGGUAGCUGUGCUUAGAACGGAGGGCAGCGGACCCACACAAACCAAAAAUAACGUGCCCCGGCUAAAACUCUCCUAUAAAGAGAUGUUGGAGACCAACAAUCUUGUGACAUUUGAAGGCCUAGCUAACAGUUCGGGUUACCACACUCUCUUGUUGGAUGAGGAGAAAGGAAGGCUCCUGGUGGGAGCCAAGGAUCACAUCUUUUCUUUUAACCUCCUCAACAUAAGCAAAGACAAAGCACAGAUCCCCUGGACUGCUUCUCCCACUAGAAGAGAUGAAUGCAAGUGGGCAGGGAAAGAUCUCCUGAGAGAGUGUGCACAUUUCAUCAAAGUACUGCAACCUUUCAACCAGAGCCACUUCUAUGUUUGUGGGACAGGAGCCUUCCACCCUGUAUGUUCCUACCUGGAGGUGGGCAAGAAACCAGAGGAUGGUGUUUUCAGACUGGCGCCCCAUGUAGAAAAUGGCAGAGGGAAGAGUCCCUAUGACCCUAAGCUCCUCACCGCUUCAAUGCUAAUUGAUGGGGAGCUGUAUGCUGGAACAUCAGCCGACUUCAUGGGGCGGGACUUUGCCAUCUUUCGCACUCUUGGCAAACAUCAUCCUAUCAGAACAGAGCAGCACGACUCCAGGUGGCUAAAUGAUCCUAGAUUUGUAGGCGUCCAUCUGAUCCCAGAAAAUGACAAUCCAGAGGAUGACAAAAUCUACCUGUUCUUUAGAGAGAAUGCAAUGGAUGGAGAACAUGCUGGAAAAGCCACAUAUGCUCGCAUUGGACAGCUCUGCAAAAAUGACCUUGGGGGCCACAGGAGCCUAGUAAAUAAGUGGACAACUUUCUUGAAAGCCCGACUGAUUUGCUCUGUGCCGGGCAGUAAUGGGAUAGACACACAUUUUGAUGAACUACAGGACGUCUUUCUCAUAAGCACUAAGGAUCCUAAGAGCCCAGUAAUUUAUGGAGUAUUUACAACUUCCAGCAAUGUCUUUAAAGGUUCAGCGGUGUGUAUGUACAGCAUGGCAGACAUAAGAAGAGCUUUCUUGGGUCCAUAUGCUCAUAGGGACGGACCCAGCUAUCAGUGGGUCCCCUUUCAGGGACGUGUACCCUACCCCCGGCCUGGCACAUGCCCUAGCAAAACAUUUGGUGGAUUUGACACAACCAAGGACCUUCCUGACGAAGUGGUCACUUUUGCCAGAAGUCACCCAGCCAUGUUUAAUCCUGUCUAUCCAAUUAAUAAUAAACCAAUAAUAGUCAAAACAGAUGUAGACUACCAGUUCACUAAAAUGGUAGUGGAUAAGGUGGAAGCUGAAGAUGGCUUGUAUGAUGUCAUGUUCAUCGGCACAGACAUGGGAACAGUUCUGAAGGUUGUAGCCAUCCCAAGAAAUUCAUGGCAUGACCUGGAAGAAGUGUUAUUGGAAGAAAUGACUGUAUUCAGAGAACCAGUUGCGAUUACAGACAUGGAACUUUCAACAAAACAGCAACAACUCUAUCUUGGAUCAGACAUCGGUGUGUCUCAGAUGCCUCUACACCGUUGUGAGGUUUAUGGAAAGGCCUGUGCUGAAUGUUGCUUGGCGAGGGACCCUUACUGUGCAUGGGAUGGCACAGAAUGCUCCAGAUACUUCCCAAUGGCAAAGAGGAGAACAAGAAGGCAAGAUAUCAGGAAUGGAGACCCACUCACCCAGUGCUCAGAUCUGCAGCAACAAGAUGAACUCAGCGGACAGGGAACCGUCCUUGACAGAACUGUCUAUGGUGUGGAAAAUAGCAGCACUUUCCUUGAAUGUGUGCCCAAGUCCCAAAGAGCCACUACAUACUGGCAGUAUCAGAGCUCCGCUGAUGACCGCAAACAAGAAAUGAAGUCAGAGGAGCGUUUCGUUCGAACAGAACAAGGUCUUCUGAUCCGCACUCUUGACAAGAAGGAUUCAGGCAUCUAUCUGUGCCAGGCAGUGGAACAUGGCUUCAUGCAGAUGGUUUUAAAAGUUCACCUUGAAGUGAUUGACGCAGAGCGGCUGGAGGAUCUUUUGCAUCGUGAUGAAGAUACAGCUACCACUGUCCCAGCUCAGGACUUUUCUUUGUCUAGAGAAACUCCCAGUCAAAAGCUUUGGUACAGGGACUUUCUGUCUUUAGUCAAUCACCCAACUCUGAAUAGUGUUGAUGACUUCUGUGAUCAAGUUUGGAAAAGAGAGAGAAAGCACAAGCGACAGAAAGCUCACCAUGUCCAAAAAGUGCAAACACACCAUCAUCAUCAGCAGGAGCAGCAGCAGAAGGCUGCACCGGGCCCUCACAGCAACAUGCAUGCUCAUGGCCUGGCAUCCAAGUGGAAGCACCUUCAAGAACGACAGAAGGGUCGCAACCGCAGGACCCACGAACUGGAGCGGGCCCCUCGCAGUGUCUGACCCAUACAGUUUGACUUUGACCACGAUGCUUCAGAUCACUCCCAGAUCAUAUUCUGUAUACCUUAAACCGUUUGUUUUUUGAAACAUACAUAUCCUACACACACUGAACAGAAAAGAAAAAAUAAAUAAAUAAAUGCUGCUCUUAUCUGCAAACUAGUGUGAUCUAAGCGUGGGCAGUUUUGUUUACAGCCCACAGGGGAAGAAAAAGGAUCCUGUUGUAUCAUCGAAGACCAUUGGAGCAUAUCAUCUCUGCUGGCCUCUGUGACAUGAACAAUGCAGAGCGGUAGGGUCACUCCGCACAAAACAAUGGACAAAUGUGCCCAUCCUGUAAACAUGACUGGCAACGAGAUGUGGUCAUUGUAAUGCAGUUAGAUGAUGUUUCUAAGUUUGCAAAAUGCCUAAAAUAACUAAAACUACAUACUGUAUUUUACCUCACACAACAAUGAGACCGGGUAAAGUUGUUUAUGAGAAUAAAUGAACUUGCAAGUUAAUUAUAUCAACAAGUUACACAGUUCAAAAAAUGCAAUGAGAAUUAAAGUGCAUUACAAAAGUAUUUAUACUCCUUAAAGUUUUUCACAUUUAGUCAUCUCAUAAUCAGAGACAUCAAUUUAUUUUAGUAGGCAUUAUUCUAAUGAAUAAAUGGUACUGCAUAAUUUGAAGUGUAAGGAAAAAGAUACACGUUCUAAUAUAAUAGGUUUUGUUCCAGGAAAAAUAUCUCUACACCAUUUUGCUCCCAUGUUUCAGUGUAGGGAGGAAAUAUUGAACUUCUUGUACAACUUUCUUACAAGAUCUUUUCCCUUUUAAUCCUUAAAUGCCAGAUUUUGUGUGUUAUGUGCCUAAAAAUGUCCAGUUGUCUUGUCGACAUAUUUUCCCAUGUGCUGCUCAUCUGUGCAGCUCCUUAAGACAUUUCAUUGGCCUCUUUGCUGCUUUACUAAUUCACCCUCUUCUUCCUUGACCUAUUACUUUGUGCAGACGGCCAUGUCUUUUUAGCUAUGCAGUUGGUGCCAUACUCUCUAAAUUUUUGAAUGACAUAUUAAAUGUUGCAUACUCUAACUUUGCCUUAAUCAUCUUCAUGAUACUGUCUGUACGCUAAUGUUCUCUACCUCUGAGUAAACCUCUGAGGCAUUUACAGAACCAUUGUAUUUAAAUUGAGUCCAUACAUGCAGUACAAUGAUUAAGACUGGGGACCUUGAAUAAAUCAUUUUAAUCUCCAGUAAAAAAAAAAAAAAAAAAAAAAAAAAAUGGUUGAUACAUGGAGCUUUCACUACGUCUGAGAUAAAAUCAUACUAUCAAAUGUAUUGCAGGAUAAAUCUUUUAGGUUUACAUUAUUAAACAAAAUUAAAAUCAUGUAUCUUCUUCCUUCUACUUUUUCAUUCUGCUCUACUUACAAAAAGUGCUAAGGUGAUGAAUGUUGACACUUGUAACGUCGCAUAGCAAUGUGGAAAGGUUCAGUGAGUAUAAAUACUUUUCCAUGGUGAUUUCGGAAGCAAUUCAAUGAACAAUUAGUUUUGAAUGAGUCAGUGUUAAAUGCCUGACAACUGCAACUGAAAAUCCAGUUAUCAUUGGUUCUCCAAUGCAACUCCUGUCAGCAUGUGUAAAUACUGUAUUCUAUAAUAAUCUCAUCUCAAGAAAGGGAAUGAAUUUCAAUUAUCUAGUUUGUGUUACUCGCCCAAAGUAGAAAUCUACUUAUGAAAAAUAGUUUGCAGAACAUUUGUAAACAGGAAAGUUUUGUACUUGUAUGUGUAUUUGUGUGUCCGUGCCCUAGAUAAGCUUCCUAGACAAAGACAUUUUAUUAUUUUUCAUCUGAAUCGUUCCAAUUUUAGCAUUUUGAAAGCUGCAUUGUCUCACUUUCCAAAUGCUGAGCAGAGUUCUUCCAUGUUUAUUUAAUUAUUCUGUCAGUCAGCUUUGUUUCUACACCCAUGCAUAUUUAUUGUUAUACAUUUCUGUACAUUGUGAUAUAUUAUAAGCAGGCAUUUUUUUCUAACUUGUUUCUGUUACUGGACCACUUAGGUAAAAAUAAAAAUAAAUGUCAUCACAUGUAGAAGAUUUUAAGUAUUUUAUUAGUUAUCACAUGCAUUAAAUAUUAAAUGCAUUGGGCAAUAUGCCAGUAGACAGUAAUGUACUUUUAACACAUCCAUAUUUUAUGCAGACAUUGCAGUGUAACACAGUAAAUUCACUGCAUGUAGCAUAAGAAUAAAAUUGACUAAAACCAUCACUGAACAGUGCACAAACACAAAACCUGAAUGUAACUGUGAAAAAUAAAUACUAUGGUCUAUGUGAAUCAACUAUACCACUGUGUAGUAGUGCAUGUGAAUACUGGUGUAGUGUUCUUGUUCUACCAUAGCGAUGAUAAACUAGUCUAAUGUUGUCAGCUUUAAGCUGUUUCUUGCUUAUGCUGUAGUACACAAUAGGGACGAUUUGAAAAAUGCCUUCCUGCUUCUGUUAGUACUCCAAACAGUGUACAUGUUAUAAACAGGAACUUAACAAGAUUUCCCCAUGGAUCCCAGUCUCCACAUGCCAGUUUAUCUAAUAAUGGACAAUGAUAAUUUUCGCUUUGCACAAACAUUGCCCUGUCAGAUGACUGCAACUGUGUGCAAGUUUCAUCCACUUUUGGAAGGAAGAUGAGAAGCAGCUGGAAGCGACCUUGGGAGAUCUUUAGUCUCAAAAUGAAUGAGACAAGCUGAACAGCAGAGUGGUGGAUGCGCGUGUGAUAAGAUUAUCAUUAUGAGGAGGAAAUAUAUGGGGCCUGUCAGAUGAACAGUGGGAGUGAGGAAAUUAAGUGCUGCUGUUGCUGAUUUUUGGCAUGAUGUAUUCUACUGAUGUAAUAAAUGUCUCUUCAUGAAAUGCUGCAUUCAUUAAAUCUGGUUUUGAUAGUUAUA